GGAUCUUUGUUCGGUUUAUUUUUAUAGGAGGAGUGAGAUUCAUAGGGAUUUUUUAAAAAAGAGUCAUAUUUACAUUUAUGCAACAAGGAAUUAACUAAAAUUUAAGCCAUUUUCAGAGGAGAUUGAUUAUUUGUAGCGAUGGUUAAUACCAAUUGGAAUGCAUGGUGUAUUAUUUUGAGUCAGCCAUGCACAUGAUGGCUCUCUCUGCUCCAUUGUUAAAACAAUAACAACUUGCUUGCUUUUAAAGUUUAACCAUUAAUUUCCAUUGUUGGACCUUGUAUAAGCUUCAGCAUUGGGAAUUUUUGUUUUUUGUUUUGUUUUCUUAAACAUGGAGAAGAAAGGGAGGGUUUUGAUGGAAAAGUUUGAGCUCGGGCGAUUGCUUGGCCAAGGAACAUUUGCCAAGGUUUACUAUGCAAGAAACACGACUACCGGCCUAAGUUGUGCUAUUAAAAUCAUCGACAAAGAAAAGAUAAUGAAAGGUGGUUUGAUUGACCAAAUCAAACGUGAAAUCUCCGUAAUGAGGCUAGUUAAACAUCCCAACGUUGUUCGUCUGUACGAAGUAAUGGCUAGCAAGUUAAAGAUAUACUUCGUGAUGGAGUAUGUUAAAGGCGGUGAGCUCUUUGGUAAAGUUACGAAAGGGAAGCUUAAAGAAAACGAUGCACGACAAUAUUUCCAACAAUUGAUCGCUGCGGUUGAUUAUUGUCAUAGUCGUGGUGUUUAUCACCGUGAUUUGAAGCCAGAAAACCUCUUGGUCGACGAAAAUAGGAAUCUUAAGGUUUCGGAUUUCGGGUUAAGUGCUUUGAGAGAGUCACGGAGGCAAGAUGGGCUCCUUCAUACAACAUGUGGAACACCAGCUUAUGUUGCCCCUGAAGUUAUAAACAUGAAGGGCUAUGAUGGGGCCAAAGUUGAUAUUUGGUCAUGUGGGGUGAUUCUUUAUGUUUUGUUGGCUGGUUUUCUCCCAUUUCAUGAUGAGAAUUUGAUGGAAUUGUAUAAAAAGAUAACCAAAGGUGAAUUUCGGUGCCCACAAUGGUUUCCGCCUGAGGUUCGUAAGCUUCUUUCGAAGAUACUUGACCCUAACCCGAGCCAACGAAUUAUGGUGGCAAAAAUCAUGGAGAAUAGUUGGUUCAAGAAAGGGUAUAAACACUUCGACACCCCGCCGUUGACACCCGACCAAGUUCAAGAUAAAAACUUGAUAAUUGACGACAUUCAUGCGGCGUUCGAUGAAUGGUCAUCAUCACCUUUGGAAAAUAACGAUGAUACUAAAGGUACAAUCGAAAUUAAAUCAAAUUAUUUAUUAAUUAUUGAGAAACAACAGUGCAUUUUGAGGCCUAGUCUCUUCAAUGCUUUUGAUCUAAUAUCACUUUCUGAAGGCUUUGAUUUGUCGGGUUUGUUCGAAGAGGACUUGAACGAGAGGGAUUGUUCUCGGUUCACGACGCAAAAACCGGCGACCGACAUCGUUUCGAAGUUCGAGCAAAUAGCUCGGACUGAGUGCUUCCGAGUCACGAACAAAGGCGGGAAGGUGAGGCUACGAGGCGUCAAGGAAGGCAGGAAGGGGUUGCUUGCCAUUGAUGCCGAGAUCUUCGAGGUUACGCCAUCAUUUUAUGUGGUGGAAAUGACGAAAACCUCAGGGGAUACCUUGGAAUACAAGAAAUUUUGCAACCAAGAACUCAGGCCUUCGUUGAAUGACAUCGUUUGGGCUUGGCAAGGAUCUCAGCAGCAACAACCCAAUGACAGUUAAUUUAUUGCUAAAAAAAUGAGUUAAAAUAUGCUCCAAGCUCCUGUAUUUUUCAUACAUUUGAAAUUUAGUUUUUUUAUUUUUAUUUUUAUUCUUCAUACAUCUUUAAAAUUUUUAUA